AUGUGUGCGAGUACGAUGAAGAUUAUUUUUUUCAGGUUUUAUGUGUUUGCUGCGGCAAUAAAAUACCAUGGUAAAGUUGAAUGUUGUUAUGGUGGUGCCGAUAUCUUCUGGUGUGGUUGUUGGCCAUACAAAUUCGGUGAUUAUGCACUUCCAGUUGAUUUGUUUUCGUGUGCAGGUAAAUUUUCCAUAUAUGCACGAAAACACCGAAGGCAGAAGAGUCGUGCAUCUUUAUCGGUGUUAUCCAGAUCAAAAUCAAAACAUUCAGUCAGGGCUCGCAUAUCCGCUGAGUUGUAUUUGGUCAUGAUUGAGGGCGAAAAUACCGAAGAUCAACCAAAGAUAGCACAGGAGAAACAUCUAUCAAAAUAUUAUACAGUUUAG